GACUGAUUAACGUUAAUGUUAAGUUGGCAAAUGACGAAUAUCCAACACGAAAAACAAAAGUUACGAACUGCCUACACUGAAAUUAACGAGACGACACGUCAGUGCUCUGCAAAAUGUUUCACUGACAGAUGGAUUACGGCAAUUGUAAGCCGGGUUAAUUGCCAUACUGAAAUCGUUUAUCUUUCUGCAUAUCCUCAAUACUACCAGAGGGUCUGCCGGGGGUGAUGGACGUGCGUUUUGUGGAGAGGGAGCCGGUGGAGAGACGCUGCCUCAUGUCCUGGGAGCAAAAACAUGAAUGCGCUCUGCCCGAGGACUUGAAGGAUUUCUACCUCACUACGGAUGGUUUCACCCUCACCUGGUCUACAAAACUGGAAAGUCAGCCGGUACCUCUGGGCAGCAUGGUGAUUAACCGACUGGCCAAGCUCCUCCCUCUCAGCCAAUCAGCAAUCUUCUCCCUGCCCAACAUGCCCACCCUGGCGGACCUGGACACCCAGGAGGAACCACAAGAAUCGGAUGGGGCUCCAGAGGUUCCCCACUUUGACGAGCGCAGCAGGAUACUGGAGCUGGACCCGUGUGGCGGGAACGGAAAGGUGUGCCUGGUCUACAGGAACUGCACACAAGACCAGGAGGCGCAGGACAGCGAGGUGUGGUUCCUAGACAGGGCUCUGUACUGGCACUACCUCUCCUCCUCCUUCACCGCCUACUACCGGCUCAUGAUCACCCACCUGGGCCUCCCCGAAUGGCAGUAUAACUUCACCCCCUAUGGGCCCAGCCCACAGGCCAAGCAGUGGGCGUGUCUCUACCGGCCCCUGACGUCCCAUAGCGACCCCCAUGUGGACCCCAACGGGGAGCCCAUCCUCAACAGGCUGGACCCCAGCAAGGCCUUCCGGGGAAAGGUGAAGCCCCCCCAGCCCAAGAAGAAGUCCCCGGCCCAGACCGGGGGGGGCGGGGGCAUCCCAAAGGCGCGACUGAGCGGAACGCGGCGGUGACGGAACCACACCCCCCUGCGCUGCCGUUUCCAGGGAGACACUCAGAGCCCCGCCCCCCAUGCUGGCUUCCUUGUAAUGAACUCCAAUAAGAGCUAAGAGCAGUCCUGCCAGACUGCUUCCCCUGAUGUUUUUGGCAGCUGAGUGUGUGUGUGUGUGUGUGUGUGUGUGUGUGUGUGCGUGCAUGCCUGUGUUUUCUUUGGCAAAGCCAGACCCUCCCUCACACUGAAGCCCUACUCUAUGUACUGCAUGAGUGUAUUUAUUUCAGGCCAGCGUAGCGUAUUUCCAUAGGGCUGUUGGGAAUAGUAUAUGUACUUAUUAAACCCUGUUUCUCGCUGUGGGUGGCCCUCUCCUGCUGACACUUCUCUCAAAGGAAGCUGACUGUGACAUCACCGUUCCUCAUUGGCCAAUCAGCACACUGCACUUCCUGCUCCCCUUUCAGUCAGAAGGAAGCUUUGUGUAACACUAUUUAGUGUUUGCAUACGUUUUCAGUGUAUAUUCCAAUGUAAAUCCACACCAAACCCAGUUUAACGUAACCCUGAAUGGAUCCGCGAAUCCCAAUUUUCCGGGGACACCGAUGUUCAUAAUUAAGUCUAUGAUCAAGGCCGGGCCCGUCCAGGAAACUGUUUGGUUUGGCCGUUACCGUUGACCCCCCUCCAUGUCCUUCAUUUCAUAGUUAUUUAUAACACAAACUUUACAUUUGUUCACAUUUUUCCUGUGUAAAUAAAGGUUGUGCAGGUA